AUGGAGCGCAGUGCCGCAGCGCUGCAGGUCGGCCAUCCGCUCCGUACGGACCAUGGCCAGGGAUUAGAAGAGGGGCAACGCUCAAGCGACGAGAAUGCAACAGAGCGCAAUGUUUCCCAGAGGUGCAUCUGGCCAAUGCUUGUUGUCAGAAAAGCGCCAGCACCGGAAGGAGGACGAGGGUCUGUCGCCAAUGGGGCGGCAGAACGAGGGAAAAGGCCGAACGCAUCGGCGCACCAGGACUGGUGGGAUUGGCCGGGGCCUGUCAUCCAGCUAAGCGCCCGUGUGGAGAUUGGCAUCUGUGCUGAGUCGGACUGCUGUGACGGCGCAUGCAUGGGAUUGGCAUGGUUGGGUUGGAUUCCGAAAGUACGAAAUCGCGAUUUUCCCAUCGAGAGCAAGAUGGAGAUCAGAUCUGGUGGAACAUUGCUAUCUCAGAUGGUGGUGAUUGAACAGGUCGAUAGAGAUUGCCGCCGACUCCACCGUUCUUUAAUCGCGUCACAUCGGUCCUUCUCGUCACUCCCGAUGAGCUCGUCCGGCGGCAAGAAGACGUCGGUGCCUCAUCUGGUGCGCACUGCCGCUGAACCCCGGCAGAACCGACUCUACAAUGUGCACAUCUCUCAUAUUGAGCAAGUCAAUCCGUCGAUUCGACUAUUCCAGUUAGCCAUUCCUCCCCAAAAUGUACUAGAGACCCCCGAACCGGAUGGCGCCGAGUCAUCUCCUCAACCAUUUGCCUUUCUUCCCGGUCAAUGGCUAGACGUCCAUAUCCCGUCUGUCGCCCACGCUGGUGGAUUCAGCAUCACCUCCACGCCCGCCGAUGCACGGGUGCUGCCAACCCCAGAGCCAGCAACUGAGCCUCUACUCGAGAGUGAGGACGAAACGGAGGUCUCCCCCGUUGAACCCCAAGGCAGAGCCCCCUACGUAGAGCUAGCGGUCCAGCACGCGCCAGGAAACCCGGCUAGUGCAUGGCUCUGGCAGACCCCUAGUGAAAUCCAAGGAAAGGAAUUGACCGUCCGCGUCGGCGGCGGCUUCGUAUGGCCUCCAUUACGACUUAACCUCGAAGAGGUCCGGAAUGUAGUUCUAAUUGCUGGUGGUGUAGGGAUCAACCCGAUAAUCUCCAUCCUUUCCCACUUGAACAACAAUGUCGACGAAAUCAUAGCUCUUCGACACCCCUUCAACAUCCGCCUUCUAUACUCCACCAAGUUGCCCCCAUCGACUAGUGAUACACCAACAAGAUCCUCCGAGUCACACCUCGCCCAGGUCCUCUUCCUCUCGCGACUUCGCCAGAUCAUUCGCGGCCAAUCGCAAUCCCAUCGUCUGCGAAUCUCUCUCGAUCUCUUUCUGACUAACCUGUCCGAUGAUCAACAUAGCCUGCUGCAGGAGACUCCAGCAGAUCUAACGAUUCAUUCGGGGCGGAUCAAUGACGGCGAUUUAAAAAAGAGCUUAGCGAGUCCAGAGGGGAAAGUAAACCCUACUAAUACAGUAUGCUAUGUGUGUGGUCCGCCUAGCAUGACAGAUGGGGUUGUGGGUGCUUUGGGGGGCUUGAUGGGUUCGGGGAAAGAGAGGGUGUUCUUUGAGAAGUGGUGGUAA